AUGGCGGCCUAUAACUCGAUGCCGGCGCCUAAUUCUGGCGAGACCAUAGGAUUGAAUCCUGCUAUGGCCGGUCAUGGGCUCGGGAUCGAGAGUUUCGAUGCCGAGAUAAAUUUUGAUGAUGCCAUGUUAGAAACUGUUAAUGGAAAUAUCCCGCCCUUCGCCUUCACACCAUCUGUUGACUUCGAUACAUUUACGACCACCUUCGAAGAUCCUUUCAAUUACGCGAGACCUUACGAGAAUACACCGCACCCCGAGGCUUUGCACGAUGAAGGGUCAUCACCCCAACAACCCGACGAUAAAUUGCUCGGCUUCUCGCUCACGUCCGUCAAGGCUACUCCUUUGGAUGACGCCCUAGGCGCAUACUCCGACGUCAACAUGACAGCCGAGCUAUAUGGCAUGUUUUUCGUAGCCGAGGAUGUAUUUGGCGGGGAGACGACGGGCCGCCCCCUAGAAUUGACCUGCUACCGUCGGAAUCUUUGGCAGUGUUCCGGACAGAUCGUCAUGCCGAGGCACUGCACUCAAGUCAUGAAUGAACAAGGACGCGCCAUCCCUAUUGUGGAAUUUUACGCCUCCAUAUCAGCCAUAGAGAGCAUUGAGGGAAAGGCGACCGAAGUCAUCAGUAUACCAUGGAAGAGCAGUAACCCAGCCCUUGGCGAGGGUCAGGAAACCAAAGUGCAGGGUGCGCCGCCAAAAAUUUUACUAGAUCUGGGCGGUGGGCAAGACAUUGAUGGGCACCGGGUCAGUUUGCCGGUGUCAUGGAAACGCUUGCAGUUUAAGAGUGCCACAGCGAACAACGGGCGCCGGAAAGGUUUGCAACAGCAUUAUGUGGUGCAAAUAAGCCUUUUAGGGAAAAUGAAGGCGAGCGGCGAGAUGAUGAAAAUCGCCGAUAUCCAGAGCGGUCCUGUAAUUGUGCGCGGACGAAGUCCCCGGAACUUCGACAGUAAGAAAGACGUCCCCCUCACGGGAGACAAGAAGGUGCCCAACAAUGGCGAGAAGGCUCGUACACAAAGCGACGCAAGCGCCGCUCCUACACCGAAUUUCAAGACAGAAAAGACAGACUCAAUACAAGGUUUGAAUCAAUAUUCGUCACACAACAAUACUCGGCCAAGCGACUGGGUUCCUCCUCCAACACCGGGACAUGCACAUAACACUCAGCAGCAUCCAGCCAAAAGGAUGGCCAUGUCACCAAAUCCGAACAGACCGCCUGUACCAGGAUGGAGCCAGGAAAGUCCUGGCAAGGUGGCCAACUGGGACAGGAAUCUGAAGAAUUCAACACCCACUGUGUCCGCCCCGAUCACCCUAUCGCUCUCCGAGGACGAACGCAGCCCGAACAACCGCUCCACUACAGACUCCUUAACAAGUCCCAAAGUACAACGGACAUCAACGAUGCAUGCCAUGGGAGGCAGCCCAGGGGAAGAAGAGGAGGAAUUGUACGAAUAUUUCCCACUGAGUGUAGAUGAUUGGUUAGUCCUUCUUAUUCAUCCAUACAGGGAUAGCGCUUGCUAA